AAAAUGGUGUUGUUGUCAAGAAAAGCCACGUUCAACUCUCAUGGACAAGAUUCUUCUUACUUCCUAGGAUUGCAGGAAUACGAGAAAAACCCUUACCAUCAACUCCACAACCCUCAAGGAAUCAUUCAAAUGGGUCUUGCAGAGAAUCAGCUCUCGUUUGAUCUUCUUGAGUCAUGGCUGGCCAAAAACCCAGACGCUGUUGGGUGCAAGAGAGAUGGGAAAUCCAUUUUCAGAGAGCUUGCUCUUUUCCAGGAUUAUCAUGGUCUUCCUGAAUUCAAAAAGGCCUUGGUUGAUUUCAUGGCAGAAAUCAGAGGAAACAAAGUAACUUUUGAUCCAAAUCACGUAGUACUCACCGCAGGUGCAACUUCUGCCAAUGAAACGCUCAUGUUUUGCCUCGCUGAACAACGCGACGCUUUUCUUCUUCCUACACCAUAUUACCCAGGAUUUGAUAGAGAUCUCAAGUGGAGAACUGGUGUUGAGAUUGUACCAAUCCACUGUACCAGCUCCAACCGUUUUCAAAUCACUGCAUCCGCCAUUGAAGAAGCUUAUCAACGUGCUCGAAAACAGAACCUAAGGGUGAAAGGGAUCUUAAUCACCAACCCUUCGAAUCCAUUGGGCACAACGAUGACAAGAGCCGAACUGGACCUUCUCAUUAACUUCAUUACUGACAAAGAAAUUCAUUUAAUAAGCGACGAAAUAUACUCGGGAACUGUUUUUAGCUCCCCAGGCUUCGUUAGUAUCAUGGAAGUUUUGAAAGAGAGAAACCUGGAAAAAACUGAGGUCUGGGAUAGAGUUCAUAUUGUUUAUGGUCUUUCCAAGGAUCUGGGUCUCCCUGGUUUUCGAGUUGGAGCAAUUUACUCCAACGAUCCCACUGUUGUAUCCGCCGCCACGAAAAUGUCCAGUUUUGGCCUAGUUUCUUCACAAACUCAAUAUCUUCUCUCAGUUAUGUUAUCCGAUAAGAAAUUCAGGAACUAUUACACUGCCAAAAACUUGAAAAGGCUUCAAAAGAGACAGAGGAAGAUGGUUUCUGGCCUCGAAAAAGCCGGUAUCGGCUGCUUAGACAGCAAUGCCGGGCUGUUCUGUUGGGUUGAUAUGAGGCACCUAUUGAGCUCCAACACGUUCGAAGCUGAAAUGGAGCUUUGGGAAAGAAUAGUUUGCGAUGUUAAACUGAACAUUUCUCCCGGUUCUUCGUGUCAUUGCAGUGAACCAGGAUGGUUCCGAGUUUGCUUCGCUAACAUGUCGGAAGAUACUCUGAAACUCGCCAUGCAAAGGUUAAAAUCCUUCGUUAAUUCAACCACUAGCAGUAAAAAUAAGAGUCAUCGAGAUUUGAAGAGCUUAACAAAAGAGUCCCACAUCGAGAAAUGGAUUUCCCGGCUGUCGUUCCUAUCCUUCCAUGACCGGGAGCAAGACGAACGAUGAAGCUAUUUCAGCUACAAUUUUUAGCUAGUGUGAACACAUUGUUGAUAGUUCCUUUUGGAAUUAUAUAACGAUUUUUUUAAGUGAUUUCUUAAUUUGUAGACAAAGAGAGAGUGCACUCAGUCCAUGUGGGAUUUGCAUGCAGUGUAUUUAGGUUCAAUUGUAAAAAAAUUACGUUACCACCAUGGAUGAUCAUAUCUAGAAAAAGAACUACAUAUAUAUAAUUAUAA